GAGAAACGAUACCUAUCUUUCAUACUCUGCUGCUCAGUCUGUUAGUCGGGGCAGCAAAAUGGCGACAGCCAGGGACUCAAUCAGUUGUUCAAUCUGUCUGGAUCUACUAAAGGACCCAGUGACUACUUCCUGUGGACACAGCUACUGUUUGGGCUGUAUUGAUGGCAGCUGGGAUCCGGAUGACCACAAGGGUUUCUACAGUUGCCCUCUGUGUAUGGAAAGAUUUAUCCAAAGGCCUGUUCUGAAGAAAAACACUCUGUUGUCUGACUUAGUGGAGAAUCUGAAAACAGGACUCCAACCUGCUCCUCCAUCUCACUGUUAUGCUGAACCUGGAGAUGUGGAGUGUGAUUUUUGCUCUGGGAGAAAACUCAAAGCUGUCAUGUCCUGUCUGGUGUGUCUGGCCUCUUACUGCGAGACUCACCUCAAGCCUCACUAUGAAUCUCCUACCUUUAAGAAGCACCAGUUGGUUCCAGCCACCACACAGCUACAGGAGAAAAUCUGCUCUCAUCAUUACAAACUACUAGCGGUUUACUGCCGCUCAGAUCAGCAGUUUAUCUGUUAUCAGUGUUUGUUAGAUGAACAUAAAGGCCAUGAAACAGUAUCAGUUGCAGCAGAAAGGAUUGCGAAACAGAGAGAGUUGGGGGAGAAAUCCCAGCAUAGAAUAUAGCCGUCUCAUAAAGGGAUCAGCAGAAAAGACAGAGGCAGUUUGUUUGGGAAGAAUGAUCAAUCCUGGUGUUUAAUCUGCUCUGACUAUAGCUGCAACUUCUACCACAAUGAUGAACAGACUGAUAUCCCUGUCCCCUGCUCUUCCAGAGUAGGAGUGUACGUGGACCACAAGGAAGGAACUCUGUCCUUCUAUGGCGUCUCUGACACAAUGACCCUCUUCCAUAGAGUCCAGACCACAUUCACUCAGCCCCUUUAUCCUGGGUUUGGGUUUAGGCCUGAAUUUGAUUUGCAACGAAGCAGAUUUGGAGAUACUGGCAUCCACACAGAUAUGCACUUUGAUAAUAACAUAGACCUGCUUCAAGCAAUUGCAUCUUGUGAUCUGGAAGUAUUAUCUAACACAAAUUGUUUAUCCAUCUAUUUCUCUUGUCUAAUUGUAUCCACUGCAUGUGUGACCUUUCUCACUCUGGGUAAAUUCCUUUGAAACGGAUGUUGUCUUUGUAUCCUGUGAUUUGUGUAAUUUGUUGUUGAUCUUCUGAUUUCUAAUUACAAUGAUGCUUCAGCAAAACAGAGUCGUGUUAAUAUCAACUUGAGGGAGAGAUACUAUCAUAGAAUAAGGAAUUAGAAUACUAGAAUAGACAUUAACUUUCUUAUCAGCCAUUUUGGUCAGGGAGUUGGUCAAUCAUGGUUUGCCAGUGCUGUGAUAAGACAUCAGCUUAAUUCACUAACAGGUACUGAGAAAAUCGAUUCUGUUACUUUUUUUUACUUGUUAUUUUUGUUCAAUAUUUCCAUCCUGGGAUAGUUGUUCAAUUAAUUGCUAGCACUAGUUGCUCGCGCUGCUACAUUGGCUACAAUGUAAACAGACAUAGCUAGCUAACAUAAAAGCUAACUUUGUCGACGCUGCAGUUUCCAGUGUAGGUUAGAGGUCACGUCAAAGUACAUUUUUAAUGGAUUUUAAGUGCUCUGCAUUCUCAGGUGUUCUUGGAAGAUCACCCUAGAACGAACGGGAGAACGCUGAACAUAAAUGCGGAUUUUGGAACACAACAUUGUGUAA